CAUCCGGGUCUUUAGUGAAGGACAAUGAGCUGGAGUCAGUUUGAAAACUGUUCAGAGGAAGGUCUGAAAUCAGAUUUACAUCCAGAUACCUGGCAUUAGAAAGGGAGGAUUUACAGACAGGAUACUCAAAUCAAACAUCACAUCAAGAUCUGACAGAACCACUCAAUGCAUCUGGACCUGAAUAUCAUUGGCAUUUAAAUGUGAAGGAGAAAUAUUUGUCUGUUCUGUCUGUGGGAAAAGAUUUCAAACAUCAGUGUGACUGGAAAAACACUGAGACACACACACACCCGAGUGAGAGUGUUCCAGUGCACAUCUGUGGAAAGAGCUUUAACCAGUUAGCCUGAAAAAGCAUCGCAUUGUUCACAGUGGGAGAAACUGUACAUGUGUUGUGUGUGUGGAUGAGGCUUCAACUAAUCAUCCAACCUGGAGAGACACAUGGACACGGGGACCAUGGAGAAACCGUGGAAAUGUGAGGACUGUGGGAAAGGAUUCAAUUAUCCAUCCCUUCUGGAAAUCCAUCGACGCAGCCACAUUGGGGCCAGCACCAUGGAGAAACCGUGGAAAUGUGAGGACUGUGGUAAAGGAUUCUAUUAUCCACACCAGCUGGAAAUGCAUCGACGCAGUCACACUGGGGAGAAGCCGUUCAUCUGUUCCGUGUGUGGGAAGGGAUUUACUCGAACAUCCUGCCUCAUGUUACACCAGAGAAUUCACACUGAAGAGAGGCCUUUCAGCUGCACAUACUGUGGAAAGAGGUUCAGGCGGUCAUCCCAUCUCACUGCACACCAGCGACUUCACACUGGGGAGAGGCUGUUCACUUGCUCUGUGUGUGGGAAGGGAUUCACUCAUUCAUCUGGUCUUCAGUCACACCAACAAAUUCACACUGAAGAGAAGCCAUUCAGCUGUACUUCCUGUAGAAAGAGGUUCAGGCAUUCAUCUGCCCUUGUUGAACACCAGCGAGUUCACACUGGGGAGAAGCCAUUCACCUGCUCUGUGUGUGGAAGGGGAUUUGCUCGGUCAUCCACCCUGCUGUCACACCAGCGAAUUCACACAGGGGAGAGGCCAUUUUACUGCACUUGCUGUGGAAUGAGGUUCAGGCGUUCAGCCGACCUCGAUUCACAUAAGCGAGUUCACACCGGGGAGAGGCCGUUCACCUGCUCUGUGUGUGGAAAGGGAUUCGCUCAGUCAUCCACCCUGCUGACACACCAGCGAGUUCACACUGGGGAAAAGCCAUUCAGCUGCACUUCAUGUGGGAAGAGUUUCAGGCUGUCAUCCGCCCUCACUGCUCACCAACGCACACACACUGGGGAGAGACCGUUCACCUGUUCCGUGUGUGGGAAGGGAUUCACUCAGUCUGGGAGCCUGCAAUUACAUGAACGCACUCACACUGGGGAGAAGCCAUUCACCUGCUCCACGUGUGGGAAGGGAUUCACUCAGUCUGGCAGCCUGCAUUUACAUGAACGCACUCACACCGGAGAGAAGCCAUUCACCUGCUUCGUAUGUGGGAAGGGAUUCACUCAGCCUGGCAGCCUGCUGAGACAUCAGCGAGUUCACAAGUGACUGCAAGGAUUGGAUUCUGCUACUAUUGCUGCUGUUAAUCACGUUCAGGACUGAUAGUCUGACAAUAUCUGGUUUGUUUCUGUUGAUGUUAACAACCCUAUAACUGGCUGGAGUUUAAUACUCUGGAGAUGUCACUGAUUUUCAGGGCUGUAGUGUCCCUUUUUAAAAACACCAUCUGUGAUCUUUCCCCUUAAUUCAAGAACCCUCAACAGGAACUCAUUUACAAUAAAAUUAUGAACUUUUACUUCAAUCUUAAAUUGACCUUUGCAAAUUCAGUGUCUGACAGGUUCCACUGAUUAACAUCUCCAAUUAGAAAGUGCGAAUUAAUCUUUGCUGACAAUCAGGAUCAGUUCCACAGGACAUGUGUGAUACAAACAUUUUGGAAAAACAAAGGUGACAGAGGAGAUUGCAACAAACUACAGGGACAUCUCACUCCUUCGUGUCACUCGGAAGGUCAUCGCUGGGGUCAUGCUUAAAGAUUUCAUCUACUUGCAGACUGAGUGUAUCCAGAAGCACAGAGCUGACAGAUCUACAGUGAAUGUGAUCUUCUCCAGACGUCAGCUAUAAGAGAAGUGCAGAGAACAGGAUAUACCUCUUUACCUUACAGAUCUCAGGAAAGCAUUUGGCAACCUCAGCAGGGCAGGACUCGACAAGAUUUUGGAGAAAAUUGACUGUCCACCAAAGCUACUAAGUCUCAGCCACUCCUUUCAUGGCAACAUGCAAUGUCCUGAUGCCAUAUGAUUCUGAUUAUUAAUUGAAAUAAUUCUGAUUAUUAAUUAGCAUCCUGAUAAGUGCAAUAAUUUUCUGGUUAUUGAAGCAGUAGGCGGCUGAUUAUUAUUGCGAUUGGAACUGUAAUUAAUGUAAUUAAUGCUGUUUAUUAAUGUAUUAGGAUGAUGAUUAUUUAUACAAUAAGAUCCCGAUUGUUGCUGCAAUGGCCAC